AUGGCUUUCGCUGCUUCGACCAGGGGUCGAGGCCUUUUCGAGAUAGUAAGCGGUACGAAAAUAAAACCUGUAGAAGCCGGAGAUGAGCUGACCAAGUGGGUGAAGGACGAUGCCAAGGCUCAAGAAAUCAUCGUAACUCGUAUGGAGCAGGGGCCACUUACUCAUCUUAUGUCAUGCGAAACAUCGAAAGAAAUGUGGAGCGAAGUGCAACUUUGGCACGCGUGCUGUACAUGUGACGAGCAUUUACAAUUACUAAAGUUGGCACGAAUUUACGCAUGCGUGUUACCGUUACCGGUUAAUCAUCUAACCUACAAAAUGGCAGGAGAAAUAAACGAUGAAUUAUUACUACAGUGUGUGGCGAACUAUCGGCCGUUAUAUGACAAGAGCUACGAAGGGUACAAAUCAGUUCUUCAAAAAGAGAACUGUUGGAGAUCAGUGGCCGAUUCACUGAACAGAGAUGUUGCAACAGUUAAAGCUCGCUUUAAAGCCCUUCGAGAAAAAUACCGUAGGGAAAUAAGUACAGAAGAAAAGUUGAACCGUAGCGGCGCACCUGCCAAUACAAGACCUACUUGGCCACUUAUGAGCUUUUUUAAGUUUUUAUAUAAAAGUGAUGGACAAAGUAGGCAAACAACUACAAAUCUGCCCUCAAGUUCAGGUGAAAGUAGUAGUAUCAACUCUGAAGUGGAAACUGAAAUAAUUACAUUCAUUGACCAUGACUACGAAGGUUGUUUUUCACCUGUCAGUAACAACACAUGGCAAAGCGAAAUGGAGAAUACUCCACAACGAAAAGGGAAGCAAAGUACAAAAAGAAAGUGUGACCGGUCUGAUGUCGUUGAAAUUGAUUCUGUGCUUAAGGAUGUGUCCAGUGCAUUACUUUCGUUAAAUAAUACAGACAACAAUGGUACAAAAUAUGAGAAAUUUGGCCAAUAUGUAGCUGCCGAGCUAAAAGACAUGACUACAAGUCACGCAGAUGAAGUAAUGGAUGCAUUAACACUUCAAUUAGUUUCAUUCAAAAAACGCAUUAGAGAUCAAUCCUUCAGUUAGUUAAGUAGUUUGCGAUGUAUUUAUAACAAUGUCAUUAACGAUUUAGUUCAAGUUUAUUAUGCAUACAGGGUGGAUGUUUAGUUUUAAUAUUGGAAAUGAUUUGUUAGCGAAUUUACUAAUUCAAGGUUUUCGACGAUACUAUUACAUUGUAUGGUUCAAGAUUUUCAUUAUUUUAUUUCAUUAAGCAAUACAAUCUUCAAAAUGAUAUUAGAACAUUACAGUAUUAAACGUUUCAAUUAGUUUUAUUUAUUACAUUCCACUGCCAUGGUGCUAAAGAUGCUCCUGAACCAUUGAAGUAUU